AUGCCUUUCUCCGUCUCGGCCCACCAAGGCCUGCGUACGCGGGUUCAGCGUCCCGCCAUCACCUCCGUGGCAUCGGUGCUUGUCCGGCGUCAGCAUCAGCAUCAGCAUCACCAUCACUAUCACUAUUACCAUCAACCCGCGGCGAUUCGCGAUUGCUACAGUUACGACUACAGCUACGGCUCCAGCUCCAGCUCCAGAUUGCUCGCCCGAGGCUACGCCACGCGCUCGUCGCUGUCCAAAUCCCACUCCCGCCCUCCCUCUGCCGGCCAGCCAGACACACCCACCGUGCCCUCCACCACCUCGACCGCGACAACCACGCUCGCCAACGAUGUCAACCCGCCACCGAGCACACGGCCCGCCGACCUCAACCUCCCCGAGCCCGCCAGCCCGGCCGCCUCCCCCGCCGACAAGCUGAAGCGCUACAUCGCCGUGGGCCGCGCCUACCUCGCCUUCUACAAGACCGGCCUCAAAAACGUCUACCACAACUACCGCGCCGCGAUCCCGCUCCGCCGCGCCCUGCACCUCCCCGCAUACCUCCCCACCUCGCCCCCGGCGACCCGUUCCUUCGAGGACUCCGCCCGCGCCCUCACGCCCCCGCUCUCCCGCGCAAGCUUCCAGCUCGUCCGCCGCGCCGCCUACGACCUCCGCCGCAUGAUCCCCUUCUCCCUCCUCCUCCUCGUCUGUGGCGAACUCACCCCGCUCGUCGUCCUCGCCCUCGGCAACGCCGUCACCCCUUUCACCUGCCGCGUGCCGCGCCAGCGCCAGAAGGAGCGCGCCCUGCGCGCCGCCCGCAAACGCGCCGCGCUCGCGGCCGACCCGCAGACCCUGGCGCUGGCCGCCGGGUCGGAUGCCGAGCGCCGUCGGCUGGUGGCCGACUUUGCCAGCCGCGAGUGGAUCGACCGCGCCGAUGAUGCCGCCGUGCUGCGCGCCUGUGCCGCCCUGGGCCUGGUGCGCUCGCAUGUCCGUCCCGCUGUCCUCGUGGGCGCCGUGUAUCGCCCUCGCCUGCGGCGGUAUGCCGAGUACCUGGCCCUGGAUGAUCGGUUGCUGCGCGCCGCCGCCGGCGGCGUCUCGGCGUUGGAGGCCGUCGAGGUGCGCAUUGCUGUGGAGGAGCGCGGUGGUGUGGGCGUGGCGGAUGGGCUGGACGGGUGGGAGGCGGAACGCGAGGAGAGGCGGUGGUUGGAGAAGUGGUUGGAGAGGUCGUGA